AGAUACACCGAAACCUGAACCCAGGCUGGUUUGUUUGCUAGCCAGUGCUUCACAGCUGUUAACCCGAGUUGCAAGUAGCAGCUACUGUGAGUAGCUUCUGUGCAUGAUGAAGAAUUUUUCAUUUCCUAUGCAGGAUAACACACAUCAGACUGAGAGUCCUCCUCCUCACAGAUUCCUGAGUUUGACAAAUCAGUCAGAUCCUGUUGGAAGACCAGAACGAGAUGAGCAGUUAGCUCAAGUAGAGAUUGCUGUCCUGGGGGUCAUAUUUCUGACAGCGUCAGUAGGCAAUUUUAUUCUCAUACUGGUACUGUGGCGAAGAAGAAAGAAGCUCUCUAGGAUGUAUGUGUUCAUGCUUCAUCUCAGCAUUGCUGAUUUAGUGGUAGCCUUUUUUCAAGUGCUGCCUCAACUCAUAUGGGAUAUUACAGAUGUUUUCAUAGGGCCAGAUUUCUUGUGCAGAAUUAUCAAGUACCUGCAAUUGCUGGGCAUGUUUGCCUCUACUUACAUGAUAGUUGUCAUGACAGUGGACAGAUAUCAAGCAGUUUGCUACCCUGUGGUCACUUUCCAAAAGAAGAGAGCUCUCUGGAACAUCCCCAUUUGCACCAGCUGGUCUAUAUCGCUGAUUCUUAGCCUACCACAGGUAUUUAUCUUUUCUAAGACUGAAAUAUCUCCAGGUAUCUUUGAAUGUUGGGGUGAAUUUAUUCAGCCAUGGGGCCCAAGGGCAUAUGUGACUUGGAUUUUUGUAGUUAUAUUCUUUAUUCCCUCGGUCAUCCUUAUUGUGUGCCAGAUUAAGAUUUGCAAAAUAAUCAAAAGAAAUAUUCGUGUGAAAAAACAGAGUGAAUAUGAAUUAACAAAUCAGAAGCAAGUCCUGCCAUCCAGAGCAAGCAGUGUGAACUGUAUUUCAAAGGCUAUGAUCAAGACUGUAAAAAUGACAGUGGUGACAGUUGUUGCAUAUGUUCUCUGUUGGUCACCUUUCUUCAUUGCACAGCUGUGGUCUGUGUGGUUCCCCAGUGUCAUAACUGAAGGUUCAGUGUUCACCAUUAUCAUGCUCCUUGGCAAUUUAAAUAGUUGCACCAACCCAUGGAUUUACAUGUAUUUUUGUGGCCACAUUCCAUAUUGCACAAAUAAGCAUCUGGAGAACACCUCAGCUCAAGAGGAAUCGGCAAUCACGGGGAGCAUUCAUCUAGUAGACAGAGACCCUGAGGAAAACAGUACUUCUGCGUAAACACUGAGUACUUUCUGUUGCUUUAUUAUUUU